GCGGUCGCUGCCGCCUCGGGCGCCGCGGUGCCGGGCUCGGUGCAGUUGGCUCUAAGCGUCCUGCACGCCCUGCUCUACGCGGCUCUCUUCGCCUUUGCCUACCUGCAACUGUGGAGGCUGCUCCUAUACCGCGAGCGGCGGCUGAGUUACCAGAGCCUCUGCCUCUUCCUCUGUCUCCUGUGGGCAGCGCUCCGGACCACCCUCUUCUCCACCGCCUUCUCGCUCAGCGGCUCCCUGCCCCUGCUCCGGCCGCCCGCUCACCUGCACUUCUUCCCCCACUGGCUGCUCUACUGCUUCCCCUCCUGUCUCCAGUUCUCCACGCUCUGUCUCCUCAACCUCUACCUGGCGGAGGUUAUAUGUAAAGUCAGAUGUGCCACUGAACUAGACAAACACAGAAUUCUACUGCAUUUGGGCUUUAUAUCAGCAAGCCUUCUCUUUUUAACAGUGAAUUUGACUUGUGCAAUGCUAGUCCAUGGAGAUGUCCCAGAAAGUCAGUUGAAAUGGACUGUGUUUGUUCGUGCAUUAAUUAAUGAUAGCCUAUUUAUUCUUUGUGCCAUUUCUUUAGUUAGUUACAUAUGCAAAAUAACAAAAAUGUCAUCAGCAAAUGUCUACCUCGAAUCAAAGGGUAUGUCUCUGUGCCAGACUAUUGUUGUAGGCUGUGUGGUCAUUCUUCUCUAUUCUUCAAGAGCAUGUUACAAUUUGGUGGUGAUCACCAUAUCUCAGGACACACUAGAAAGUCCAUUUAACUAUGGCUGGGAUAACCUUUCAGAUAAGGCACCUGCUGGCAUGAUAAAUAGUCACAGUUACAGUUCCAGAGCUUACUUUUUCGACAAUCCAAGGCGAUAUGAUAGUGAUGAUGAUUUGCCAAGACUAGGAAGUUCAAGAGAAGGAAGUUUAUCUAACUCACAAGGUUUGGGCUGGUAUGGCACUAUCACUGGUUGUGGCAGCAGCAGUUACACGGUCUCUCCCCACUUGAAUGGACCUCUGACAGAUACUGCUCCUUUGCUCUUCACUUGUAGUAAUUUAGAUAUGAACAAUCACCAUAGCUUAUAUGUAACACCACAAAACUGAGAGCGUUACCAAGUUAUGAUUCUUUUAUUGUUUUUCAUGAAUGUGUAUAUUCGACAUGUUUAAAUUCCAUCCGCAUAAACAUUCCUUCAUCUGUUGCAACUGAAAACAAAGCCUGGAAAUGUGGCUGUGUUCAGCAGAGGACCCAGCUAUUACCUGUGACCUCUUCAUAGUGAAAUGAAAAGUUUGGAGUGGGAGGGAGGUGGGCUUAGAACUUAAGGCUCCAAAGGGCCUCCAAACAUCCCAGUUUUUGGAACAGCAAUGUAUAUUUGCCUAAUUGCACUUUUUAUCUUUGUUUUGAAAGAGUACACUGCAGUCUCCAAAGUCAUACUCCAGUGUUACACUGGGAUAUUAUAUUGUACACUAAAUUAGGAGGCAAAUUUUCCUGUGAAAAUUAAAGCCUAUAUAUUCAGUGGUGUACUCUAUGUGGAAUUCUUGCCCAAUACAAAUUCUGAGUGUGAACAGUGCACAGAGUUAAGAUAUAAAAAUGCAUCGUUCUUUUUAAAACUUUAAUUAAACAUACAUAAUCAUGGAAGAGUUCUUUUAAGCAUGACUGUAAAAUACCAAAUGAAAAUAUUCAAUUAAUCAUUUUACACAAAUGUCAAUAGUAGCUUUACAGUGAUGACCAGCAGUGUUCUUUGGAAAGCCACAGUCAUUUUUUCAAUAGGAAAGUAUACUACUAAAAAUUAUGUGGCUACUUGGAGUAGAAUCAGUUGUGAUUACUUUGUAAAAGUCAGACAUAUGUAGUAGUUUAAGCAUGAUUCUUUAAGAAAGCAAUAGUGAUUUUUGCAUAGGGAGAUUUUGGUAGAAACUUCUUGCUUGGGACUAAACAGUUUUACAGAUGCAUUUAUGAAUUAUUCAUAAAAUGUACAAUCCUAAAUUAAAACAUAAAUACAUUUUCAAAAGAAUUCAAUUUAGCUGAAACAGGUAUAACUGAUCUUACCUACUGAAUCAGGAUUGUCCUCAGGUAAAUGUUUAAAUCAUUCAUUAUUUCAGUGAACUCAAGUGCAAUACUUUGUAAGACAUAAUUCCUCCCUUAAAUUUUCACAUAUUUUUUAUCUUGUGUUUGGGCAAAGUCAAAUUUUAUUAAUUCCAGCAUUAAAUGAGAAAACUUAAGAAAAGGUACUAACUAGGUAAGUAUAAGCCCAGUGGUUAACAAUAUUGGAAUACUUUUAGAAUUACAUUAAAUCUGUCUUGAAUGUCUUUUCCCAAAUCCAAAAUAAUAAAUAUGCCAGCCUAACAUAAUAAAUUUAAAAUGCACUUUUAACCAGUAUCUAUGUGGAGUGAAGUAGAUGCUGAAUACCUCAAAAUGCCAAGAGAACAGCAACAUUGAAAGUUGUUACCACAUGCUUACAAAUGACUGACUAUACAGUUGUCUGAUCUGUUGCUUCAGAACUGGAACUAAUACAACUGUCUUUCUCUGUGUUCUGCUUUGAUUAGAAAGUUGUUUUACUUCCCUCUCAAAAUAUUUCUCUUGUUAAAAUAAUGAUGCAAUAACUUCACAACAUAUAAACAAGUACAGGAAACCCCAAGGAAUAAAUUUUAUAUACUUUUGAUCUUUUGGGAGGCUGGCACAUAGAGGAAAUGUCUUCAUUUUAUCAUACAAAAUGACUUUGAAUUCAAUCAGAAAUGCAAACUCAUCACUGCUAUUUUGGGUUUAAGAUAAAUUUUCAUUGUAACCAAUUAUCUGAAAAUUUAUAGUGCGAAGUUAACCUUGGUAAUAAGACAACAUAAUGAACACUGAGUAUUUUUUGAUACAACUUAUUAGACUGUUUCAGAAUGCCAAUUAUUAAUUUUCCUAAUGUUAAAUAUUUAGUCAUUUAGAGAUACCUGAAGAAAUCUGUGUUGUCUUGGCUAAUCCUUGGGGUUCAAAGUUAUUUUCAAAGUGAUAAUUGUUCCUAUUUGAACAGAUAAGCAAAGAUUACUUUCAAAAAAUAUUUUUCAGAGAAAAUAACUUGCUUCUUUCAGCUGUAUUAGUUGAUUCUUCCAAAUUUGAUGUUUAUAACUUUACUGUAAUCACUGACUAUGGUACCUGAGUUCUUGCAUUUUUUCCCACAUAUUUAGACAUAUUUCCCACAGUACAUCACCAAAGACAACGAUUAAGCUUCUGGCCCAACUUUUGCUUAAGAAUUUUGAAGCACUCAGAGCACUUUAAGUUUGGUCUCGAAAGAAGUAUUUGCUUGUAAAAUCAAAGGGCUACCGAUUCCCUGUUCAUCCUGCACUGAAGCACAUGAUGACAAUUUCAAACCUUGCUUUUUGGUUCAUUAAUUAGAACAGUGAAUUUCAUUGCUUAAAUGUGUAAUUUUACAGUGAUCAGCAGUACUUGUUUUUAUCGUUUCAUUUGGGUGGCCAUUAAUUUUGAAACUCUUACCACCCAUUAUAGCUGGUUGUAGUUUUCUGAAAGAUGUAAUUUAUAGCUAAAGUGGCUUUUUUAUGCAUAGCUGCCUUUUUUAUUGUUUAACAGUGUUUCUCAGCUAUAUAAUCAGUUUCAAACUGGUUAUAAAGUAUAGCUGUGGCCAAUGAAUGUAUUUAUUUGUUGUUUCACUAAACUGUAACAAAACACUACUGUU